AAUACCAACAUAAUUUUCAGCAGGAAAUAGAAAGAUUAUGGUUGAGACAAAAACAAAUAUGUGUCAGACGAAUAAUUAUCACUGAUACUUCAGUUCACAAUUAUUUUCAGAUCUUCAAGCAUUAAAAAUCCCUUAUAUGUAUUUUAUGAUGUCUUUAGUAUCAAUUCGUCAUAAAUUAAUGACUUAACGAGAAAAAUGUCAAUUCGAACAAUUGCAGACUUUUGACAGAUGCAGUAAAUUCCAAAAAUGGCAAGACGACUACAAGCGAAGAAAGUGGCACGAUUGGGCAGCAUUUUUGGGUUGGGUACGAUUGCCUGAUUGGUCGGAAAGGACAACGCGUUGCGUCAAGAGAAAGCGUGGCACGCACCGUGGCGGCUAUCUGUAAACGACCAUUUGCUUCUAAAGGGUUUAUUUUUACUGUCUAUAAAAAAAUUUGAUUUAUUUCACGUAGGUUUUAGGUCUUAUGGUUGUCUUUGUUCUACCAAAUUGUGUUGCAGAAAACAUUCCACGCCCAUGGAAUGUUUUGUGCUCGAAUGACAGUUUGGAAAUAAUUUCAUUGUUAAUUCAAAAAGGAACUCUUAACCAGGAUGGAAGCAGUAGAAAAAGCCAUUCAAAAUCAGGUGUUGAAAGUAGCAGAAACUGUGGAGCAGCAGGUGGAUGCAGAAAUACAAGCAUUGGAAAAGUUGGAUAUUGAUGACAUCGAGAAGUUAAGAGAGAAAAGGCUUCAAGAUAUGAAGAAACAGGCAAAGCAACAUCAAGAGUGGCUGGCCAUGGGGCACGGGGAAUAUUCUGAACUGACAGAAGAAAAAGAAUUUUUUGAUGUAGCCAAGAAGUCUCAGAAGAUUGUUUGUCAUUUUUAUAAAAGUGAUACACCAAGAUGUAAAAUUGUUGACCACCAUCUCAAAAAUUUGUGUAGAUCUCAUAUUGAGACUCGUUUCUGCAAAUUAGAUGUGAAUCGGGCCCCUUUUCUUACUGGACGCUUGCGUAUUAAAGUAAUUCCUACAAUAGUAUUAGUCAAUGAUGGUAAAACAAAGGACUACAUAGUAGGAUUUACAGAUCUUGGAAAUUGUGAUGAUUUUUCUACUGCCAUGAUGGAGUGGAGAAUUGCUCAGUCAGGAGCAAUCAAUUACAAUGGAGACCUUCUGCAGCCUCCUGAAGAAGGAAAGCGUAGCAAGAAAUCAGUAUUUAUUUCAAAGAAACAAACAAUUCGAGGAAAGGCUUCAGAUAGUGAUGAUGAUGAUGAUGAUUAUCAAUAAACUUUUGGUACUUAAUAUUUUUGUAAACCUUUUCAUGAAAAUUAAUCAAAUUAUAAUGAAAUAUAAUUUUUCACUAGCCCAAUAAUGAAAUAUAUAGCAUGAAACAUAAAUAAAACUAAUAGAUUAUUUGUUAUGUACUAUCACAUAUGCACUAUACAUUUGCAGAUGACAGAAUUAGGAACUACUGUUGUUAUGAAAGUGAGAGCCUGAACACAAUCCGAGAACAUACGAAUAGUGCCGAUGUCUAAUAGCAUCUGACCAAUGCUGAGUCAAUCCAGGAAAAAGUGUUUUGUUUUUGUAGCUUCUGAGAAGUUUGUGGGAAAAUCAAAUUCACUUCGGUCUGCGAGAGUGCAUUCUGGCAGUACAUUAAUUAUAAUGUAGUGAACUACUACCAUGAGGAAAAGAAAAGGGGUUAUUAAUAUACCAUUAGAAAGACCUGUGGACAGAUGCAGUACAAUACACUUUGUCAUCGAUAAUACAUGAUAUUUACCAAAGGCACGGAAAAUAUUAUUUCUCCUUUGCACACUUGUACUACACUAUAGCUAUAUGCUUCUACCAUGAAUUAAUAGAUCUGUUAAUCUAUGCUUUUACUCUGCCAUACCCUGCAAUGAGUGGACCUGUAUCCUGUCUACAGCACUCUAAAUCAAAUCUAAUCACUCAGUAUCUACUGUAGAGGUGCAAUUUUCAUUCAGUCAACAGUGACCUCAUGUAAACAGAUUGCAGUGCUCUGUCUGCAAAUGUAAAGUAAAUGAGUAAUGCAAGAUCAGUUUUUGUUACCAAUCAUUAGUGUGCCACCAUUAACAAAAGUGCCCUCUAGCUUUGAGAUACCAUAGAACAAUACAGUUGUGUAUUGAAGCACAUUCUUGAUUUGUCAGUUAUCUGGAAGAGUUAAAUUGUGAAAGGAGAGUCUUGUUAUAUGAUUUGUGUGUAUAGAGCACAACCAAGACAGAUACAGUCCUGGUCAUGAAACGUGCUGAAAUUUCUCAGUACUAAAUUCAAAGUGCUCAAAUAAAUUCUUUUUUAUCUAUUUUAAGAAUAUAAACCCAUCAAGUAAACACUGUGUAUUUUAAAGUACCCAAUAACCUUGAAAUAAAUUCUUAAUUUUUUGCGGCUUCUUAUGCUUCACUAGGAACACUCCCCUUCCGCCUAGAGCAUCGUGCCCUCUGCCCAUUAAAGAACAUUAUUGAGUACCCAUUUAGGCAAAUGGAUCAACAACAUAUUAUACUUACAAUUACUGAAUUUAUUUAUGGUUUUCAAUCAAUAUCAAAGAUUAAUAUCCAUGGUAAUGUAUAAUGUUCAUGUUGUAAUAUGUAAUGUAAAUUACCGUAUAAGAAUAUUACAUAUACUAAAUAAAUUACAUCAAAUGUGCAAUUUAUUAGCAGAGUAAUUGCUGGCAUAAUAAUCAGUGUAACUGUUA